AUGGGCCAGCUCGGUGACAUUUCACCUCAGGGCAGCAUUGCGAUUGGUAUCAUCGUUGGUCUUCUCUCGACCUCGAUCCAAAGCCUUGGUCUUACCUUGCAACGAAAGUCGCACCUCAUCGAAGAUGCCAAAGAUCAUUCGGAGACACGAAGGCCCCCCUACAAGAGACGGAGAUGGCAAUUGGGUAUGCUGAUGUUUGUGGUUUCAAAUUUGGUCGGCAGUACCAUCCAAAUCACUACGUUGCCCUUACCAGUUCUCUCGACCUUGCAAGCUUCCGGUCUGGUCUUCAAUACCGCAUUUGCGACGCUAUUGCUGAGCGAGCCCUUUACACAUUUCUCCGUCGUGGGCACGAUCUUGACCUGUUCGGGCGCAGCAUUGAUCGCCACCUUUGGCGCCAUAGGAGAGCCGGCGCAUAAUUUGCAUCAGCUGCUCCAACUUCUGGCCGAACGUGAUUUCAUAAUAUGGAUGGUGGGAACAAUGAUUGUGGUGGUCGUCACUAUCUUGCUUGCACACGUCCUCAAGAUGUGGUCCUCUCGCAAAUACAUCUCACAGAGCCUUCCCAAGACCGAACGACCUCGAUCAGCGUCCAUGAAUCUGGGUCCUUCUCUCACCCUCAGCCGUUCCUUCACAGCUCAACUACCGCAACCGCUGAAAUUGCGGAUCAGUCGCUUACGGCUGAUUCGGGGCCUCUGCUAUGCUCUCAUAUCUGGCAUUUUAUCCGCGCAUUCUCUCCUUGUGGCCAAAUCAGCCGUGGAACUUCUGGUGCGAACCGUCAUCGACCACAAAAAUCAAUUCAACCGCUUUCAGUCAUGGCUGAUCCUCAUCGCGCUUCUCUUUUUUGCCGUGACGCAGUUAUAUUACCUACAUCUCGGCCUCCGACUUUGCAGCACCAGUGUACUAUACCCCUUUGUAUUUUGCAUUUACAACAUCAUUGCGAUCCUAGACGGCCUCAUUUAUUUUCAGCAAGCAUCGAGACUAAGUGCGCUACAUGCCGGACUGGUGGCUUUGGGCACGGUUAUCCUCCUUUCUGGCGUCCUCGCCCUGUCUUGGAGAUUGGACGAUACGACACCUUCAGAAUCUGCUCAUCCGGCACUUCCUCCACGAACCCCGUUGACACCAGGCAUGGGUUUGAUGCAAUCAGCGGCAGACGAACGAGAGGCGUUACUUCCCACUGGACGAAUGAGAAGCUCGACGUCGUUGUCCCGAAGGUCGAUCGAUGAACAGACUCCUUUACUGGUCGGACGAACUCGCCCUCCAAUGCUUUCGAUUCACGCGCCGCCAGACACCGAUACCGAAGGCAUUUGGGCCGAACUAGACGACGACGAACCCCGCGAUGACUAUCUUGCCUCUCUGCCAAGAACACCCUCUCCAUUCUGGACCCAUACCUUCAAGACGCGUCGAAGAGGUGAUUCAGAGUCCUCCCGGGCCAUUUCCACCGGUAGCCGGAGAAGCUCGCUUGACUCCAAAAUCAGUUCCGCCAAGGAUAAAACUGAAUCUGUUCGUCGUGAAAGUGAAGAUUCCAAUGGUCCACAUCAAAGGCGAAAUAGUGCCACUCAGACUCCACUUCCGUUACAUGGGGCCAACGAAAUCCCCCAAUCGCCUUCUCACACACGGCAUAGAAGUACGUCGAUUCGUUUCGCAAACAACCAGGACCAGAAUCGCGGUCAUGAGCAGAGGCCAAGUUCUAGACAGACAAACCCGAGUCGAUAUGAUCUGAGUGUUGGUGGAGGAGGGAGGCGUCGCAGAUGGAAGCUGAAAUGGUUUUCCGGCCACAAAGAUGGGGAAUGA